AUGGGGGAGAGGAGGAGGAGGAGGAGGAGGAUGAGCUUGCAGAGAGCACACAGCACUCCGUUCUCCCCAACAGCCAGGAUCUUUUUCUCACCCUGACUGAAGUACCCUCCCAAGCCUCCCAAGCCAGUACCCAAGACUCUGACCCCAUGGAAGGGACCUCAGCAGCUGCAAAUUCCUCAAGCCUCCCUCCUCCAUCCCGAAGGUUAUCACAGAUAAGGCGUCGUAAGAAGAGAACGCGAGACGAGAUGUUUUCUGAAAUUAUGGAAUCCAGCCGCAGUGACAGAGCUCAUCUGAAUGAGUGGAAGGAAACAGUUUCAAAGUAUAGGAAAGAAGCCAGUGAACGUGAGGACAGGAGGGACCAACGUGAGGACAUGAGGGACCAACGUGAGGAGAGGAGGGACCAACGUGAGGAGAGGAGAGACACUCGAGAUGAGAGGUAGCGGCAGGAAGACCAGAGGAGGCAGGAUGCAACGC